GCGCUUGCGGUGUCCACGUCAGUUCCAUACCGCUUGUACGGUUUGGCCCGCGGUUUUCCUGCGACGUGACACGUAAACAGCGGCUCGCUCGAAACCUCGUGGCAGUCGAUGAACGAAACGUUCACGCAGAUGACAAUUUACCUGGACAUUUCCUAGCGUAAACAAGUGCAACGAAGAUGCAUUGGACGCUGUGCGCGCUGAUAAUCGGCUCGUUUGGAUGCAAGUACAUCCUCGGCCAGGCGCAACGGGUCCCGCCAGGUGUACCGCCUCAGCACUAUCAGCAGCAUGGUCAAGUGCCGCAUCAUGUACCGCAACAUGCACAACAAGUACCGCAGCAACAAUAUCAAGUACCCCAACAACAACAGGUUCCUGUUCAGCAAGUACCAAUGCAACAAGUACCUGUGCAACAGCAGGUACCCAUGCAGCAACAAGUACCCAUGCAACAGCAGGUACCUGUGCAACAGCAGGUACCUGUGCAACAACAAGUACCCAUGCAGCAACAAAUGCCUGGUCACCAACCUCAACAGCCACAUGAUCAUGGUCAUGGAGGGCCACCUCAAUUGCUCAACACUGCCAAUAUAGCUCAUGAAAAAGAGCACAUUGCUCAUCAUGCUGAUGUUCCAAUCGAUACCAGCAAGAUGACAGAUCAAGAGCUGCAGUUUCAUUAUUUCAAAAUGCAUGAUGCAGAUAAUAAUAAUAAGUUAGAUGGUUGUGAACUGAUCAAGUCUCUUAUACAUUGGCAUGAACAAGGUAGCUCAGAAUCCGGUGCGCAAGGCGAGAAAUUAUUCAAGGAUGAGGAAUUGGUGCAAUUAAUAGACCCAAUACUUAGCAUGGACGACAGUAAUAACGACGGCUACAUCGAUUAUCCGGAAUUUAUUCGAGCCCAACAGAAUGCCGCGGCUAAUGUACGUACAUAAUAAUGAACAAAAGUCUAGUAUGGACUUGCGAUCAAAAGAAAUUUUGGGAAAUCGAAGAAACAUCCACGGUGAAAUGUUGGUUUUCAUCGUAGGUGUUUCGUGCUGUAUUAUUGACAUUGUUUAUUCUAUGUGCAUAAUGAAACAAAAUUGGUGUUUGUGAUAAUUUAUCCUUCAUUGACUUAAUUAUGAGUUAAUAAGAAAAAUAAGAAAGUAGAGAAUACAGGGAAAAAAGGGGAAUUUUUUUAUUAAUGUUAUACACAUAGAAACAAUAUAUUGGAAAAAAAUGCAUAAUUGAAAAUAACAUAAUGUACAAUUAAAGAAAUAAUUGAGGAGUAUUACAUUCCUCUUAAUUAUUUCUGUUCGACGAGAUUAAAUUAAUAAUGAAAGUGUUUAUUGCGUCUCAUUAUUAUGUAAGAUGGUCAUAAUGUUUCUAUUAUUGUUAUUAAAUUGGAUUUUUAAUACAUUAGAAGAUACUAUUUUUAAAUGAGUAUAGAGUAUUAUGGAAUACCUCUGUGUGUUAAUAAAUAAAAUGGCCAUUCAUCAGUUUUUUUCUUGAAAUAAUUUUGCAAAAAGUAUAAUUUAUUCAAAAGUAUAAGUUUAUAACAGUUAUUUGUGCAACAAGUGCAGGAAAUUGGCUAAUUGCCCAUAAAUACGGGAAAUGGACGUCUCGAAAGCAAGUGCGUUCACCGCACGUAUGGGCAAUAGCCGAUCCACGUUUCACACACUAUAUUUUUUGUUACCUGUUCCUCGAAAUGUUGGUCCUUGAAUGUAAAUUGACAGAUCACUUAAAAAGAAUAAGGAUCAUUUUCGGUGCACAGGUAACGAAAAAUAAUAUAUCGAGAUAAUAAGAAAAUUAAUGUUUCAUUUUUUAGUAAAUAUUUCUAAAUAAUACUAUUAAGAUGUAGAGUAUUUUCCAUGUAAUAAUAAUGUAUAUAUACGUUUAUCUAAUAUGUAUCAGUUAAAAAUUUGUUCAUAAAUUUUAUUAUGGCAUUCCAAA